GAGUAUACGCACACCCCUGGCUGUUCGGCUGUUUGUGCCACUAUGCCAAACCGAUUAGGCCUGGGUGGCGGAAUAGCCGGCGAAAUCCCUGCGAAAAUCGAGGCUCUUCGUCAGAAUCAACCUGGAAGCUAUCAGAACAUCGCGUGUAUUCGAACCAAUGCUAUGAAGUACCUUCCGAACUUCUUUAAAAAGGGCCAGUUGGAGAAAAUGUUUUUCCUUUACCCAGAUCCUCAUUUCAAGCGUCACAAGCACAAGCGCCGUAUAAUUAGCCUCGCUCUUCUCACCAUUUAUGCGUAUGUUCUUAGUCCUGGUGGUCGCAUCUACACCAUGACCGACGUGCCAGAAUUGGCUGAAUGGAUGGAGACCAAAAUGUCUGCUCAUCCACUUUUCCGCAGGUCUGUAGAGAAAGCGUCAGAUGAAGAUGAUAUUGUGGGGCUCUUAGCAUGCGGGGUUACUGAAGAGGGUAAGAAAGCGGCGAGAGAGGGUCGGGGCUCAACUAUUUCCGUAUUUGAACGAAUUUCUGAUCCACCUAUGGACGAAUGA